UGGCUCAUCCACUGCAAGGUGCUGCCCGCCAACCACCGGGUGACCUGGGACUCGGCGCAGGUGUUCGACCUGGCGCAGACCCUCCGCGAUGGAGUCCUGCUCUGCCAGCUGCUCAACAACCUCCGGGCGCACUCCAUCAACCUGAAGGAGAUCAACCUGAGGCCGCAGAUGUCCCAGUUUCUCUGUUUGAAGAACAUAAGGACAUUUCUCACGGCCUGUUGCGAGACGUUUGGAAUGAGGAAGAGCGAACUCUUUGAGGCAUUCGACCUGUUUGAUGUUCGUGACUUCGGCAAGGUCAUAGAAGCAUUAUCCCGACUUUCUCGCACACCUAUAGCGUUGGCCACAGGGAUCAGGCCCUUUCCAACAGAAGAAAGUGUUAAUGAUGAAGACAUCUACAAAGGCCUUCCUGACUUAAUAGAUGAGACCCGUGUGGACGAUGAAGAAGAUCUCUAUGACUGUGUUUAUGGGGAAGACGAAGGUGGAGAAGUCUAUGAAGACUUAAUGAAAGCAGAGGAAGCCCAUCAAUCCAAAUGUCUAGAAAAUGACAUACGAAGCUGUUGCCUAGCAGAAAUUAAACAGACAGAAGAAAAAUAUACAGAAACUUUGGAGUCCAUAGAAAAAUAUUUCAUGGCUCCACUGAAACGAUUUCUGACAGCAGCUGAAUUUGAUUCAGUAUUCAUCAACAUUCCUGAACUUGUAAAAGUUCAUCGGAGCCUAAUGCAAGAGAUUCAUGAUUCCAUUGUAAAUAAGAAUGACCAGAACUUGUAUCAAGUUUUCAUUAACUACAAGGAAAGGUUGGUUAUUUAUGGGCAAUACUGUAGUGGAGUGGAGUCGGCCAUCUCCAGUUUAGACUAUAUUUCUAAGACAAAAGAAGAUGUCAAACUGAAGUUAGAGGAAUGUUCCAAAAGAGCAAAUAAUGGGAAAUUUACUCUUCGAGAUUUGCUUGUGGUUCCAAUGCAGCGUGUUUUAAAGUAUCAUCUUCUCCUCCAGGAACUGGUCAAACAUACCACUGACCCUACUGAGAAGGCAAAUCUGAAACAGGCUCUUGAUGCAAUGAAGGACUUGGCACAGUAUGUGAAUGAAGUGAAAAGAGAUAAUGAGACCCUUCGUGAAAUUAAACAGUUUCAGCUAUCUAUAGAAAAUUUGAAUCAACCAGUUUUGCUUUUUGGACGACCUCAGGGAGAUGGUGAAAUUCGAAUAACCACUCUAGACAAGCACACAAAACAAGAAAGGCACAUCUUCUUGUUUGAUUUGGCGGUGAUCGUUUGUAAAAGGAAAGGUGAUAAUUAUGAAAUGAAGGAGAUAAUAGAUCUUCAGCAGUACAAAAUAGCCAACAAUCCCACAACAGAUAAAGAGAAUAAAAAGUGGUCAUAUGGCUUCUACCUCAUCCAUACCCAAGGACAAAAUGGGUUAGAAUUUUAUUGCAAAACAAAAGAUUUAAAGAAAAAAUGGCUGGAACAGUUUGAAAUGGCUCUAUCAAACAUAAGGCCAGACUACGCAGACUCCAAUUUCCAUGACUUCAAGAUGCACACCUUCACUCGGGUUACAUCCUGCAAAGUCUGCCAGAUGCUCCUGAGAGGAACAUUUUAUCAAGGCUAUUUAUGUUUUAAGUGUGGAGCAAGAGCACACAAGGAAUGUUUGGGAAGAGUAGACAAUUGUGGCAGAGUUAAUUCUGGUGAACAAGGGACGGUCAAACCACCAGAGGUGUGCUUACGUUCCAAGACUGAUGCUGAUAGAAUGCUCAGGAAUCUUCCACAAAAACGGACCAAUGGACUUCGGAGAACUUCCAGACAAAUGGAUCCAGGUUUACCGAAGAUGCAGGUCAUUAGGAACUAUACUGGAACACCACCCCCAGCUCUUCAUGAGGGGCCCCCAUUGCACAUCCAGGCAGGGGACACAGUCGAACUUCUGAGAGGAGAUGCACAUAGUCUGUUUUGGCAGGGUAGAAAUUUAGCAUCUGGAGAGGUUGGAUUUUUUCCAAGUGAUGCUGUCAAGCCUUCUCCAUGUGUGCCCAAACCAGUAGAUUAUUCUUGCCAGCCCUGGUAUGCUGGAGCAAUGGAAAGAUUGCAGGCAGAGACUGAACUUAUUAAUAGGGUAAAUAGUACUUACCUUGUGAGGCACAGGACCAAAGAGUCAGGAGAAUACGCAAUUAGCAUUAAGUACAAUAAUGAAGCAAAGCACAUCAAGAUUGUAACAAGAGAUGGUUUUUUUCACAUUGCAGAAAAUAGAAAAUUUAAAAGUUUGAUGGAACUUGUAGAGUACUACAAGCAUCAUUCUCUUAAAGAAGGAUUCAGAACCUUAGAUACGACUCUGCAGUUUCCGUACAAGGAGCCAGAACACUCAGCCGGACAGAGGGGUAAUAGAGCAGGCAACAGCUUGUUAAGUCCAAAAGUGCUGGGCAUCGCCAUCGCUCGGUAUGACUUCUGUGCAAGAGAUAUGCGAGAACUGUCCUUGCUGAAAGGAGAUGUGGUGAAGAUUUACACAAAGAUGAGUGCAAAUGGCUGGUGGAGAGGAGAAGUAAACGGCAGGGUGGGCUGGUUUCCAUCCACGUACGUGGAAGAGGAUGAAUAAAUUCUAAUCCAGCAUUACACCCUGCACCAAAAAUUUCAGAAAAGGGAUGAACAGAAGCCUGCACUGCAUUAUGAAUUAAACGAAGUGUUUAAAAAGCUGCAUUUCUGGCUGUUCAACAUCCUCCUUCCUUUACCGCUCCUAAGUCUUAAUGCUAGGAUUUCUAAAGAUGCCGGUACUGACAGAUUAAUGGCUUGCCUGGAGCUGUGCACGAAACGGCCUGCCAGUCUGUCAUUAUUAGGGACCAGGCAAAGCCCCAAAGCUUUUCUUCCUAACAGAGCCCUGCAAACAUAUGAGUUCACAUUUCUCCGUACUUCAUCCCAUCAGACACCAUGAAUGGUAGCCAUUAGUAAAUAUUGAAUGCAUAUUUACUUUGUUCUCAUGUACCAGUCCCCAGAAUUUUUGGUGGUACAAAGAAGCAGAAGUUUAAUUUCUCUUUUCCCAGCAUGAAGAAAAACUAGAGUUCUGUCAUUUGGGCAGCUUACUGGAAAUUUCCAGGCAUGGCUUGUCUUAAAUUGUUCAACGUGACUCAUUGCCUGGCAAAGACUUUUACCCCAGUGUUACUCAAGAAAAUAUGAACCAAGUGCUCAGGUUUGAAUCCUAAGUGAUAUAUCCCAGAAGGGUUUUAAUUAUCCAUUUGAUGUCCUGAUUCUAUUUGUGAAUUUCUUUAUCAAAUGAGGGGAGGGAACACACGUAAACGAGAGUGUCUUCAUAUUAAAGCCUCAUGAUCUUCAUGAUUUCAUAGGACAUGUAGUACUUAACUUGAUGAAAUAAUCUUAGCUAGGUAUGGUAUGGGGAGUUGCCAGGAACCUGAGUUAAGGUGACAUUGUCUAUGGAAACAAAUCAAGGGCUAUGAUUUAUGUAAGUCAUUUUAUAGCAAGCAAUAUCUAUUAACACAUGCCUUUUCUUCCCCUGCCCCCCCCCAAAAAAAAAACAAGAAAGACCU